CAACUCCCCAUCCCUCUGGCUCCGACUCCUACUCCCCCAGCCUCCGCCGUUCCUGCCGCGCCCCCCGCGCGCUCACUGCGCAGAGUGCUCCAGCUCGCCGCCUCCCGUCGCCAUGCCCCGGUUGCCCGCCUCAGGCGCCUGUGGCUGGUGGCCCUCCUGGGCAAUGUGGGGCCUGGCCGCCUUGGCUGCGCGGCGGCACGGCAGCCCGCCGCGUGCCGCGCGCGCUUCGAGGCCCCGGAGCCCGAGGCACGCGCCACCGGCCUGAACGGCGUCCGGUUGCCAGACGUCUGCAUCAAUUCUACGGGGGAGCACCACGUCUUCGUCAUCGGCGAUUGGGGCGGGCACUGGAUCAGGGGCGUUGAUGGCAAGCGCUACCUUCAGCCCGCGGACAAUCGCAAGGACGGAAUCCACAGCAGAGUUUACGUCGAAGGGCUCGACGAUUCGGCGCAGCACAAGGUCCGCGACCAGAUGUUGAAAGCAGCGGCAGAGGUCGACUUAGAGUAUGUGCUGAACGUCGGGGACAACUUCUACUGGUCUGGAGUGGACGUGGAGUGUGGGCAGACCCGUGGUGCGUCGAACUUCAGCACCCAGUGGGACGACAUAUUCGAGGAGGCAUGUAUGCUGGUCCUGGCCUCGACGGCAAGCAGUGGCUGGGCGUGCUCGGAAAUCAUGACUGGGGCGGCUACAAGUUCAAUCAGGGCUGGGACCAGACCAUCAUGUACACGUGGCAGAAGCCCGCCCAGGGUGGCCUCGGCAGAUGGGUCACGCCGGCGAUGUACUGGCGCAGCCGCGUGCACUAUCCGGACUUCUCCGUGGACUAUACUUUUUCAUGGAUUCCAACAUUUUCGACGGACGGGCAACGAGACUUGGCAAAAUGUCGACCACAACAUUUGUGGGUACGCUCACAAUCCGGUCGACGCAAAGUGUGCGGCAGAGGGCGGUCCAGAGAGUCUCUUGACCUGCCCGACCUGGUUCCAAGAGCUGUGGGGCGAGCAGAAGGAGUGGCUGAAAUGGGGCCUCACAGAGUCCACUACAGACUGGCAGGUGGUGGUCACGCAUUUCCCCCCCGUUUACGGCGAGGAGUUCUGGCAGAGGACGAUGUCGACAGACCACGGCAUCGAUCUGAUCGUCUCUGGCCACCUGCACAGGCAGGAGGUGCACUACGACGGGUCGGAGAACUUCCUCGGACGCACCGCGUGGCUCGUGUCCGGCGGCGGCGGUGGAGUGACGUCCGACUUUGUGCCCAACAUGGAUGGCGACGACCAGUACGGUUUCAUGCACCUGACGCUUUCGCGGGAGACGAUCAAGGACGCCAGGGGGGACGCCCGUGGGUCUGCGCGCAUAGAAGCGAUGGUGGCCGAUUGGACCCUGAAGCCCAGCCUGGCGACAUACGACAUGCGCCCCGAUAGGGAGUACUGGUACAAGCCCGUCCUGGAGUCGGGGCAGGAUCAGGACGGAUCUCUGGUCGCCCUCGUGGAGCACCAGGUUGGGCUUGCCGCGGCCAAGCUCAGAACGGGCGAGCACAAGCGGGCCAUAGGCAUCCUCCGGCGGGCCGCGGGGGUGGCGGCGGGCUACGCACGCGCUCCCCCCGGGGAGCCGCCGCGCCCCGUGGCCCACGCGGCCCUCGCGCUGAUCCACCUGCAGCACUGCGUGGUGCUGUCGGGCAUGGGCUCCCACGGGGACGCGGCGGAGGAGGCACGCCGAGCGCGCGCCGAGACGGACGAGGUCUGGCGCGUUCUACAGGAAGCAUCGGCCGCAGAGGACGCUGCCGUCUCGGCCUGGUGGGAGGUCGGUCCGCUCGGGGCUGCUGGGGCGCCGGAGCAGCUGAAGGCGCUGCUGCGCAAGCCGCCACCUUGGCUGAGCAUGCUCGUGGAGGUGGCGAUACAGUCGAGGCAGUGCCUGGCGCUCGAGCUCGAGUACCAGCGGCCAGCGGCAGGCCUGGAGGCCGACGACGAGACAGACGGGCUGCACCUGGAGGCCGCACUGCUGGCGGAGCAGCUGCUCCCCGAGGGCCACCCCGUGCGCCAGCGAGCAGCCCAGGCGCACCGGGAGGCGGAGCUGCGGCGGGAGGCCGCCGCGAACCCCGGGCGCUCUCGCAGAUCCAGCGCGGCACCUGCGUCGCUGGCGCUCUCGGCGUCCUUCGGCUCUGCGCGGGCCUCCAGCGCCGGCACGCCGGCGGCCGAGGCGCCCGCCAGCGGGAUGCCGAGCCCGCCGGCUGCGGCCCUGCCUUCGGCGCCGCCGCCAG